AACUCGAAUAGUGUGACACCGAAUUCACCGACGGGAGAAGCAACUACGAAAUAUGGGGGGUAGUAGGCCUUCGUGAACCAAGUCGGAACUGCUCCGCGACUGCAGCUCCACGGGAGAGGCGCCAUGCAUGGAAGGCGUAGGUGAGGCGACCUCUUCAGGGCGGGACAGUCCUGCCCGCAACAAACGGUACACCCGCUCUCGAUCAGGAUGUAUGAACUGUCGACACAAGAAGAAGAAAUGUGACGAGUCCAAGCCGUCAUGUUCUAACUGCCGAAGAACGGGCGAACGAUGCCAUUGGAACCGUCGCUUGAGCUUCCUUCCGCAAAAUGCUUUCACCGUGGACGAAAACUCCAAAUCCACUCGAGUGAAAGUCGCCAGGCAAGCUGAGGAUCGCAGAAAGUCUCCCCGGCGGCAGGCCGCCGUCCUUGCUGAAUCCAACGGCUCUUCUACAGAAUUUAGAACCAUCCGCGGCACGAGUAACGAGGAUGCCAGCAAUGCAGAAGGCGAAAUUGACAUUGAUGCCCACGGAGUUGAAGCCUUUGAUCAUGAUGAGGUUGCUGUCCUCAACUCCGAAGGCUCUGUGCCAGGUCCUUCUCAUGAUCUUCACGACCUAUAUGCAUCAUUCCACCGGACCAUUUCACCGAACCCUACUGCCGCUAUACCAGUUCAGUCACCUUCCAUCACUAGUAAUAUGCCUCGCGCCCAAAUAAAUUCACAGGACAAGUCAAUGCAAGGCUCUACAGGUGUACCGCUUGUCCUGUUCGGCCCCAAUGGCCCGGAUUAUGCGACUCUUGGGACAACCGGCUUCGAAUCGACUUUAGGCCCCAAUGGAACCGCUCUACCCGGUACCGAACCGGAUUUGCAACUCUCCCCCGAUAUGUUGACAGAUGAUGGUAUCUUCCUGCCGGGCUCUAGGUAUCAGGCACUUCAUAACACUCUGCGAAACCAUGUCUUUAUCACCGCCCGCUCAGCACAACCCAGUCGCGAAGCGAGCCCAGGUGAUCAAAGACCUGAAGACAACACGAGCCCCCGUACUCUUCCUCGACAAACCCCCACAUUUCGUCUGGCCCCUUCGGCAGGGGCGGAAGAAAUCUCAGGAACGAAUGUCAAGCUGACGCCAAAUCAGGAGUACAUUUUAUGGAACAAUUGGGUUGUGGAGAUAGCAGGUUUGCUUGAUAAAUUUGACGCUCGAAAGCACUUCAGACACGUCCUUCCCAUCAUGGCAAAGACGUGCUCCCAUCUACGCUUUUCAAUGCUAGCCCUGAGUGCCAGACAGCUAGAAAGAAAGGAUGGUUCGCUGCCUGCCUCGAUCAGCUUGGCAUUAUAUCAGGAGGCAAUCCACAAACUGCUUCCUGAAUUACACACCAAAGACAUUACUGUUGUGGCAUCCUGCGUUGUGCUCUGCGUUCUGGAAAUGCUUAGCUGUUCUCCCAAGGCAUGGCGGCGCCAUUUGGACGGCUGUGCUUGUCUGAUGAGGGCAAUGAAUAUCCGUGGGGACAGUGGCGGGGUUGAGGAAGCACUCUUUUGGUGCUUUGCGCGCAUGGAUGUCUGUGGAGGUCUUAUCUCUAACGAAAGAACGCUGAUUCCGGUUGAUGAAUGGAUGUCAACGGGUUCUUUCGAGGCGGACUGUGAGGCUUUUCGUGCUCGCUCACUGAAGGUCUUCGAAGAGCACGCCAACUACUCAUGCUAUCUCGUUGCACGGGUCUUGCACUUCCUGUUCGGUUCUCCAAAGUCUCGGGACUGCUUGCAUGAGAUUUUUGGAAAGGACCAGCCGGAUUACGACAACAAAUGGGUAUCCCUGUUCAAUUAUCUGGAAGAAUGGUACGCCUGUCGUCCACCGGAGAUGCAUCAUUUACUCUCCCUCAACCCGGGCAUAUCGGAAGACGGACAGACAUCGCCAUUCCCCACGAUCCUCUACGGUAGCGGCGCCGCUAUCUCAGGGAAUCAGCUUCAUCAUACCGGAGCGUUACUGAUGCUGCAGCAUAUUCCUAAGGACGUGCCAAGGAAGUCUCGUUCGGUCUUGUGGCACGCUCGCCAGAUCUGCGCAAUUUCCAUCUCCAAUGCCCACCAUGGGUCUUGGACCAACAGUGUCCAGCCACUCUGGCUUGCUGGUCAAGUCAUGAGUCAUCCUGCAGAGCAUCGUGCAAUCAUCGAGGUAUACGAACGAAUUGAAAGAGAAACAGGCUGGGGCGCAACCUGGAGGGCUGAAGAUCUAAAACACCACUGGGGAGAGUUGGACGAUUGAUUGUAAAUUUGCAGAUUCCUUAACCAUUUGCUAAACAGAAGACCAGCAGCAGUCAUUUUCCGCCCUAACAGGCCAAAGUGAAGGUUAUACUCAAGCCACAGAUGUGGCAGUAUGCUUCACCAUCUCAAUGUCAGGGAAAGCUUCUUUCGCAACCGUCCACAUGAAGAGAAUCUUCACAGAAUUUCGAAGCGCAACCACCAAGGGACAUUCGCACAGUAGCUUUCUCGACGAUCCCCGCGCAACAUCAGGCAGCACAUGUGUGUCUCUUGUCGCCGUUUCACUCGAACGCCUUGGACUUGUCCUCUGUGGCGCCCUCCUCCUCCAAUACGGAUGGUGUCUCGUUGGCGGCCUUGACCUCGAGGGCAAAAGUCCCCUGUGGGUCACCCAUGCUCGGAUGCCAGUGAAGCAUGACCUUGCCGCCAGUGAAGAGUUUGUCGAUCUGCUCUAGAGACAGAUUACGAGUUUCAGGGUAGAAGAACCAAAUCAGAGGCAGGAAGGCGGCAUUGAAGACGGCAAAGUAGAUGUAAGUGCGCCAUCCAAUAUUGUCAAUCGACACGGGCGUGAUCUCGACGACCAGGAAGGUGAAGAUCCAGUUGCUCGCUGUCGCGAGAGCGGCGGCCUUGGUACGGAUCGCCAGCGGCGCAUAUUCGGCCGGCAAAAGCCAUGGAAUUGCCAAAAGGCCAACAGCAAAGAAGAAGUUAAAGCAGAAGAGCAUCACGGAGGCGACGAUACCGCACGCGUGGUUGCCGUUGCUCACUGUCCCGGCCAGGAUUGCCAUGCAGACUGCCUGGCCUGCACAGGCAAAGAUCAUAAGAUUCCUCCGGCCGAGUCGAUCAAGGCACCAAAUGGGAAUCAGCGACGAGAGAAAAUACGCCACUCCAUUAAAGCCGGCAAGCAGCAUGGACAAGUUGUGGGACAUGCCGACCGACUGCUGGAAAAUGACAGGGGCGUACUGAAUAAAAGAGUUACUUGGUUAGCAUUGAACCUCCAUCCAUAAUCCACGGAGCCGUGACCCAAGGGCAAUACUCACGGUACGGCGACGGAAUCUCUGCGGGCUGCUCUUGAAAAGGGCGAGGAAUGUGGUAUUGCCAGCGGCUUCCUUUUCUUCCUGGAGGGCGUGCUCAAUUUCUUUCAACUCGGCAUCAACAAUGUGAUCGUUCGAUGAUAUGGCCGACGUGUCCCGCUGCAGACGCCAAAGGAUGUUGCGCGCUUCUCCCGACCGGCCAUGUGCAAUCAACUGGAAAACGAACCCCGAAAUUAGCUUUUUUGGUCGCUGCGAAGGUAAAUAUAUGGUUGUCCUGCUUUGUACGUACCCAACGAGGCGAUUCCGGCAGCACAGAUAUGGUGGCCAUGGUGACCAACGCAAAGGCGAUUUGGAAAGCAAUCGGGAAACGGAACUGCGCUUGAUUGUCGACGAAGCUCAUGCCGUAAUCUUAAUACGAUAAACCAGAUUAGCAACGCGGAACACCCAUAAACACUUGCCAUGCAAUUCCAAACUCACCAGUCCAGUACGCCAACAUGACACCAAAGAUAUUGAUGGCCAAUUCGAUGGACAAUCCCUUGCCUCGAGAGGUCGGUUUCAUGAGCUCAGAGUGCCAAACCGCUAAAUGUAAGGCACAAAGUUAGCAUCGUGUGAAAAGGACAAUGCCACACCAUUGAUCAAGUGCUCUGCGGCGAACACGUACGGAUGGUUGCUGUGUUGAGGCCGUUUCCGACCCCGGCGACGAUACGUCCCACAAUCAGCUGAGCGACAGAAUAUGCAGAGCACUGGAUUGCGGCGCCAAUCGUCAAGACGACGCAACCCAGCAUGAUGGUCCAUCUCCGGCCAAUGGCUUCGGCGAAGGCAAACGCCAAUAGCGCGCCCGCGAAGCAUCCGAUCUCAUAUAUUGCAACCACAGUUCCCUGCAGUGAAGAGCUCCCGUGGCCGUCGUCUGUCGUGUCAAUCGAGGGGAAUUGUUUUGUGAACGCCGAUCCUGUGAGCAAUCCGCUCAUGACUCCCUGGUCUAUUUGGCGUGUAAGUACAAGAACACAUUGAUAUACGCAGAAAUCAUGAUCAAAGACAAACAGGCAAGAAAAACUUGUGCUUGAGACACCAUGGUCCAAGCAUAAUCCUACUUGCUCUUGUUUUUGCUUCCUCAUGCCACUCACCAUAUCCAAAUAGCAGGAACCCUGACCCUGCAGCGACCGUGAUGGCCCAGUCAAGGGGCCUUCCUUUGAGUUGCGACAUUGUAUAGUAUAGUAUAGGCUAGGUAGACAAAGCUCGUUCCUUUCUGCAGACCCCUUGCCAACUGAAUGGAGAGAGCCAAACAAGAAGCUCAGUGAAUGGUAUGUCCCCAGAUAUUUAUAAAAGGUUAGGAUCGUGGACAGAGCCCGGUCAGCUGUCGAGAGCACAGUUUAAAGUAUGGCUCCCCUCUGUGGAAAAAGCACCUUACCCGACUCAACUCGACUCCGCUCUCCGGCACGACUCCCGCUUUUCCACAAAGCCACAGGAGGCCGGGUCCCCCGUACUGGGGCCAACUAUUUUACUACCGCUGUUGCUGGGAUUUCUCCUCCGGGCGGAGAGUACACCAAGGUAGGCAAGGAUGUGGUGUCACGUCGUCCGUCGCCUUGGGACCCGGGGAAAGGGUUAGGUAAAGAUGGGGAUUGGGUGAUGGGUGGAUUGGGCCCUUACGAAUGGCAGGCGCUUCACGACUCCAGAAACAGAAAGCGUAUGCGCCCAGUAAAAAGCGAAAGAAGAGACGGAAAUUGAAUAAUGCUAUGAUGAAAGGUGAUUUGACCAGAAAAGAACGCGGCACUGUAGUAUUCAUUCUCUUUUUUCGAUGAAUCUGAGUUCCCGAAUUAUUGCCGAUUCCGGGCAAGUGAGUGAGUGGGUCGCUCGACGUACUGGGGGUACACGGGCAGUAUGCGAG